AAUGUCAGAGAAAUCGAGUUCACCUACAAAUUUAAAGACACCCAUAAAACACUCAAUACAUAAUAUAAAAAAGAGUAGGAAACAGAAGCAGACCGUGUACAAUGGCUAACAAAGGACACUUUAUCGAGAGGAAUGGCAACUUUCGUGCCGCCGGAUUGCCUUCCUUCGGGGACGAGAAGAUUUCUUCCAAGGAUCUACUGAUCAUUGCUCAUCCCGCGGAGGAUAUUCGGCAUCAAAUAGAACUCCAGUGCAGAAGAAACAAGCCACAAGCGUUCGGAAAACUUUCGCCAUUUCUACCGGAGAGCAAAAUAGGCGAACUUCUUGGCAGUGAGGGCCAAAAGACACGGGUAGCGAAGUUCAAGGAGGAGUUCCUGGAGGACAUGUACUGUAGGUCUGGAAAAACCGGGCAAAUAAUGCCAGCGCAUUCGAAACCCGAUGAUGUUACCAAUUGGAGUCGGACCUUCGGACGCGCCAAUCCUCCAGCGGAAACUUUAUAUAGCACUAUAAUGCCGCAAAAGUCGGCUGAUCAGGUGAAUCGUGAACACGCCGAAUUCCAUCAAGGUCACAUCAUUAGUAACAACCAUUACUUUCCCUCUGAGCAAAUCAAUCGCAGAUAUAAAAAGCCCUUUGAUCGACUGGAAACCUUUGGAGUUUUGCAAGGUGCUGAGCACAGUGGUUCUACCAUGAAGAAAUGCCUGAUGCAAGGGGACGACCAUUUAACAGUGGUCUCAAAACCCUGGAUGGAUUUCGUAAAAAAGACUAAAGGUCCUUUGGGUAAAAAAUACGAAAAAUACUUAGACAAAGUGCCGGACUUGAACUUUGGCUACCGUCCUCAGACGGACAAGUGCAAAAUCAGGAUGUUGCUGGAGGACAUUACGCCGUGUGAAGAGGACAAUUCCUUGGUGAUGGCACUAUCCUACUUGAACCGACUGCGUGAGAGUCUUCACAAGCGGAAUGACUUCUACAUGAUGGAUCUGAUAGCAUCGCUGGAGCAAGAAGACAAGGAGCAUACGGGUCACAUGCCCCUCUGGCAGAUCCUUGGCACCAUGCACAAGCUGCACAUCCGUGUGGAUGAGGAGAAAAUCCGCACCAUGUUGUCGCACUUUGGUAAGAUCCUCGACGAGGGCUGUCCCACGGAGCGGGUGAACUACGACCAAUUUUGCCGGAUACUCUCCGUGCAGCAACGGCUGCCGGAUGUCGGAUGCAUUGGCCACAUUCCGGAUAACAUGGACAAUAAGGAAACUACCUAUACAAUGCUCUGCAAGGAUCGCUUGAAGGAUAUACCCGUGACGCCCGAGUUCAACUGGCCGAACAGGAGUCUUCACCGCACGGACGAUGUCAACACACAUGUCAAGGACGUCGUACAACAGGAAUUGGCCAUUAAAGUUGGACUCAGACCUAGCGACAUGACUUGGCCACGGAGCAAGGAUGAAAUGGGCCGGAUAUUCGAUAAUAUCGUCUCCAAGGACGCCUUCGAAGAUAUUUGGCAGCGUCUAAUGGCGAAGAACAAGGAUCAGGAUCAGGAAUUGGCAUCUGUCGCGCAGUUUCGUGCUGAAAUGAUCAGAGAUAUGAGUUCUUCUUAAAAAAUUUCCAUCCUUUUCAUUAAAUUAUAAUGUAGGUGAGAAAAUAAAGAAAACAUAUGACAAGUCA